AUGUCUGACUUAUCUGUGAAUGCGCAUGAAAUUCAAUAUGCAAGAAGGUGUCAUUGCGGAUUGAUUGCGCUAUAUUUGACAGCUUGGUCAGAUGCCAAUGCUGGGAGAAGGUUCUACAAAUGUCCAAGAUCCAAGGUUAGUUCUUGCGGGUAUUUUAAAUGGAUUGACGAAGAGCUCCCUCGUCGAGCGGUGAUGGUGAUCAAAGAUUUAAAAACUAAACUUGAUGCUGCUAAGGUUGAGAGGAACAAUUUGAGGAAUAAAGUUUACCUUAUGGAACAAGCUACGAUGGUUCAAAGGGGAUCUAAGAACUUGUUUGAUGAAAUGGAAGAUGUUACGAUGGUUGAAAGGCAUACUUUGAAGACGAAGCUUGACGAAAUGGAGCAAUUUCAACUUGUGAAAGCUGAAAAAGCUAGGAUGAUGAAGUGA